AUGUAUUUCCCACGGAUCCUGCGACGAGAUCAGCAACCAACUCCCCUCCUAUGUCUACUCCCCCUCAUUUUAUUCGCUUCAUCUGUCUCGGCUCAUGGCGGCCACACGGACAAGAUUCCCGAAGGAGAGGCCGUCUCCCCUGAUCCCCUGGAUAGCCGGCUAUGGAUUCACAUCCUCCUCAUGAUUGUGUCAUUUGGCAUGAUCUUUCCCUAUGGCAUGGUUCUGGGAAUCAUCAAGAGUCGUUGGCAUGUUCCUUUACAAAUCGUGGGCACGGUUGUCGCGACCGUUGCCUAUUUCUUGGGACAUAUGCACAAAGGGCGACAAUUUCGCCACCCGAACAUCCACGCGAGUUUUGCCAAUAGCCUGGUGUUGAUGCUCCUCAUUCAGGUUGGUCUAGGUGUCGGUUUGAAGUUGCAUCUGGAAGAGAAGAAAGGGUGGAUCGGGCGGGUAUUUGGGGGGAAAAUGGGAAGAGGUGGGCGGAGAGGUGUGGUCAUGAUCCACGGCUGGUUGGGAAAAUUAAUGCCCAUUGUCGCAUGGGCGCAAAUGCUCUUUGGAGGGAUCGUCGCUAUGGGAUACUGUCGAGGCGACCAUCUGGGACAGUGUUUGGCGCACUUCAUCAUGGGGUCGGCGUUCAUCGCGUACGGCAUCAUCAUGACUCUCCUCCUACUCGUGGGUCAAGCAUGGUUGAGGAGGACGGGCAGAAGCCAGGAGUUUUUCGACAGCUGCGUGAUCGCCGCAUGGGGCUGUGUCAACACGUUUACAGAACACCGCUGGGGCCAUCCGUGGGUCAAGAACGAUCUGCAGCACACGAGCAUGGGGAUCGUUUGGUGGUGCGCGGGCUUGCUGGGCGUUUGGCUGUCGAGAUCGAGGAACGGACGACCAAAAAGAAAUAUCCUGCCCGGCCUGGUAAUCCUCAUGACAGGCUGGGCCAUGAGCGCGCACCCCCAGGAUCUGCCUCUGAGCACCAUGGUGCAUACGGUGUUUGGAUACACCUUGAUGGCUGCGGGUGCGGCGAGAAUUGUUGAGAUCUCCUUCUUGCUCAAGGACAGCCGUGGCUCAGGCGAGGUUAACAGCUGGCAGCACUUGCCUCCAUUCCUCCUGUAUGCCUCCGGCUUCCUCUUCAUGGGCGCGACUGAGGAACAAAUGCACCUUCUCUCCGACGCGGACGUCACGCAUGUCUCCUACAUCCUGAUCCUCUACAGCAUCGCCUUCUUACUCUAUCUGUUUGUGAAUAUCUUGCUGUACGUCUACGCGAGCCAUGCAUGGCCGGACGACGAGAGCAACGGAGUGCGCUCCUCUUAUGGCGCAGGCGGUUCCGGUUCCGGGAGGAGCCUGAGUAUUGCCGGGCCCAGUGGUCUCGGUGGACAGCACACGAGAAAGAUGUCCACCCUCUCGGGUGUCGGGAUGAACGGAGGGGCUAAUGGCCCCGUGAACGGCAGCGCGAGAAUACCCCGACAUCGAGGCACCGCUAGCCAGCAAGUCCGGGACGCCGAGGAAUUUGAGCUCGAAGGCUUGAUCAGUGACGAAGGCGAGGAUGAUGUCGAGAGUCCUCGCGUGGGAAAGAAAGAAGGUGCCGUCGCGUUGGCUUAG